AUGUCUGAAGCCACAGGUGAAUCGUCACUUCAUUUAGAAGAAGAUGUAAAACGAGCUAUCGUUCUUCUCGAUCGUCUACGUACAACGAGCGAAAUUCCUGAAGCGAAAUUACUUGAAUUACAACGUAUCUUCCAAAGCGAUUUCUUUAAUGCGGUUCUUGAAGUCUAUGAAAAAAUUUAUGAAACAGUACAGAUCUCUGGUUCGCCAGAAGUUCGAGCUAAUGCGACGGCUAAAGCCACUGUUGCUGCUUUUGCUGCUAGCGAAGGUCAUUCACAUCCACGUGUUAUCGAAUUGCCCAAAACUCAAGAAGGUCUGGGAUUUAAUGUAAUGGGUGGCCGUGAACAAAAUUCUCCGAUCUAUAUUUCGCGUAUAAUUCCAAAUGGUGUUGCUUGGAAGCAUGGCGGAUUGAAAAAAGGCGAUCAACUAUUGUCUGUUAAUGGUGUUUCAGUUGAGAAUGAAUAUCAUGAGAAAGCUGUUGAAUUACUCAAACAAGCGCAAGGCAGUGUGAAGUUAGUUGUACGCUAUUCGCCACAGGUUUUAAUCGAAAUGGAAAAUCGGUUCGAAAAACAACGUACAGCACGAAAACCACCAGCACCAGCAUCAACUUCACCUACAAAUAAAUAA